GUACAAUCUUGAUCGAGUAGUUACAGUUAUUUAUUUUAAAAAAAUUUCUUAUUCAUUCAGAUCAUGUUCUACCUUAAAUUCCUCAAAUGAAGAGGAAUCGCAUGUGCAAUAAUUUGAUAAUGUGACCUAAUCUAUAUCUAUCUAUCUAUCUAUCUAUCUAUCUAUAUAUAUAUAUAUAUCUAUCUAUAUCUAUAUCAAUAUCUAUCUAUACUAUAUAUUAUGGCAAUUCAAAAAACAAAUUUUGGCACAUAAGCACUUGGAGGAUCCACAAUUUGCCAAGUUGGACAACUUUUUUACAAACAAAAAAUUAGUUAUUAAUGUAUUUAUGGAGCUACCUCUCUCUUCUUUAAUAUUUCCAUUUCUUUUAUCUAAUUAUUCUUUUUCAUUUAUCCAUUUUUUUUUUGUCUUUAAUAAUAAGUUACAUGUUGAUAAACUUAACCAAACAAACAUAAAUAAUAAUUUUUUUAAAUAAACAAAAUAUAAAUAAGAAAAAAGAGAGUGACAUAUAUCAUAUUUAUUUAAAUAAAAAUUAUCUGAUUAAACCUUAUGAAAUAUAUUUUCUACUCAUUUUUAAUAAAAUUCAAUGAUAGCUUACAUUUUGAUGAAAAAAUAAACAAACAUACACAUUUAUUUAAAUAAAAAGUAUCUGAUUAAACCUUAUGAAAUAAAUUUUCUACUCAUUUUUAAUAAAAUUCAAUGAUCGGUUACAUUUUGAUGAAAAAAUAAACAAACAUACACAUAAAAAAUUAUGUUUUAAUCGAUUAAACCAAAAUAUAUAUGAAAAGAGAGAAAAUAAACAUUUGUCAUUCAAUUACCUUUGAAAAAUAAACUAAAUUACUUUAUAUUUUGUUGCAAUGAAACACUCUCUUUUUCGUACAAUAUAUAUAUCUAUAAAAUAAAACAGUAUUAUUUAGCAAAAUGUCAUAGUACAAUCUUGAUCGAGUAGUUACAGUUAUUUAUUUAAAAAAAAAUUUCAAUUAUUAAUAUAUAAGGGAUAAAAUAUUUGAAAAUUACACAUUCAACGACCAUGUUAAGACAAAAAAAUCCUCGAUAGUGUGUGUGUGAGUGCCUUAGAUUGAGAUUCUAAGUCUACAUAUAAACAAUGACCACCGGUUGAGGUUUAGUAUAAACUUCAAAAAUUAACAAUGGAUACAUAUUGUAUAAUAUACUAAAUUUAAGUGUCUAGAUAAAAAAAAAACAAACAUUCAAAAUGGAAAUGAGUCGAGAUUAGAGAAUUUAGUCAUCAUGAGGGCUACAGUGUGUGUCAAGUUUCAAUAUGGAUGAAUAAAUCCAACAUUGAAGUAUCUUGACUAAUAAUUUCUCACUAAAAAGUCGUAAUUUUUACAACAUUGGUCGAGAGUUCGUCCAAACUCGAGGAUCAUGAAUGUGUAUUGGAUUUCCAAAGGACCUAAAAUCCCAAUCCCUUUCGAUGGCUAAAAAGCUCUGAUCACAACCAUAGGUGCUAAAGUAGAAUGAAAAAGAAGCAAAAAAAAAAAAAACAAAAAAGAACAUAACCUCUGAUAAGAUGAACAUAAUAAAACCAUAUCGAGCUAUGAUCCCGUCAUCCCUACCUUUUUAUAUAUUAUAUAUCGAACAAUAGACAACCCCAAUGGUUCUCUGGCGUUAUGGGGGUAAAAGCGAGAUCUCUAGAUAAUUUUGAGUGUAAUACACACACAUACAUGUAUAUAUACAUGUAUAUGUAAUAUCAAGGUAUACUAUACUUUUUAUUUAACUCAAGAUACGAUAGAAGAUAGGUAUUACGAAGUAUGUGCAUAAAUUAGAGGUUACAGAAUUAGGGACUUGAGUUCACCUAUUAGAGGUUAGGGUAUAGUAUAAUGCCCCAAAAAAAUCCGGUUAAUUCGGGUCUAAAUAGUAAAACUCAAUGGUCGUAUGGUAGUAUGAAUGCAAGAGUAUAAUGUACUCCUAUCGCACUCUAGCUUGAACUAUAUAUAUGUGUGUGUGGUUUAGGUUGGCGUACACUAAAUAUUAGUGUUUUGGUUGACAAAUUUUGACAUAAGUCCUAAAUGGGACGUGACAGCGGUAUAAUUUAUGAUUCGAAAACCGAAGCAUCACAAGUGAGUGUGCUAAAUAUUGGAAAUUUCAAUAUAAACAUACUACAAAUUCGGUAACAGAAUAUUUAAAAGAUCCGAAAUGAUUUAAACAUAUAAAUUAUAAAAUAAAUCUCUCCGGCCAACGGGCGGGUAAAAGGCUAGUUGAUUGGUAAAAGCGAAAGAGAUAGAGCCAAUGAAUGACAUGCGAAGCGCUUUAGUUGACUGGAAAGUUAAUUAAUUUAGAUUAGGUUAGUAACUGCAUGUGCAUAGAUACAAAGAGAUGAGUGACAGGGUAUUGCAUCCUCAUAGGUCAUAGUGUUUGGGCUGGAUGACUUUGGGCUUUCUUUACAAAAAGAUUUGGGCCUGCUGUUGAGUUUAGGUAUUGUAUGAAGCCCACAUAAAACCAAAAGGUAGCUUGAUUUGCCAAGAGCCCUCCCGGAAUUUGGGGUUCUAAACUUCUAAUGAGUAGGUGAUUGCGGCUGAUUUUGGGGGUUCUAGAUGACUGAUGGGAAAUAAACGGAGGAGACUAAAAUACCCCUCCGGAAAUCACUCUGAUUGCUGCAUUCUGAAAAUCAGAAAAAAAAAAAAAAAACACAGUCAGAUUACUAAUUAAGGGCAUGUUUGGAAGUUAGGAUUCUCUAAAUUGAUGUAUUUUAUUAUAAUUAGAUGUAUUGUUUCAAAUUAUGAAUUUGAAAAAUACAUUGUUUGGAGAUUGAAUGAUUUUGGUGGUCCCUCAAAGAAUAAGGAACAAAAAGUAAGACAACAAUCCCUCAAACACAAUCUCUGCUAAAAGUUGAGAUUGACAAUCAUUCAUAAUGAAUGAUUCUGGUGGGCCCAUCUGCUGUUCAAAUACAAGUAUUCUGUUUCAUUUUAAGUCAAAAAAACGAUGAAUUCUUCUGAUUACAUGUAUUGGCUAAAUACAUCAUCUGAAAUCCCAACUUCCAAACGAGCCCUAAAUCUAGCAAAAUCUGUAUGAUAAUGUAUCUUUUCUCUCCACUGACCUGACCGUUGGGUAGGGUCUUCUUUUUUUUGGUUUCUUUUUACCGACACUACCAACGAAGUGUCUCUAUAUAAUUAAUAUCUCUAAAUGCUGAAAACCUGAAAAAACGAACCGUCGGUUGGUUAUUCAACGGAAGGAAGGAAAAAAAACCGUCGGUUGGUUUUGCUCUCCACUUUCUCACCACCUCUUUUUCCUCUCCAGCUCUCUGUUUCUGACUUUCUCUUCUUACACCUCGACUCUGCAGGCGGAGACCUUCUCCCAAAUCUGAAACCCCACAAACAGUGAAAAGAAUUCAGAUCUGGAACUCGAACCACAGUGACCAAUUUCCCAAUCGAUCCAGCGUCGAGGCCCGGCGGGAGCUUGAAAUCGAAGGUACUUUCGUCGAACAGCUUGUUUGCAUGCUUCUCAUCCAAUGCCGCACAAUUCCACGGCGUCUUUUUCUCUGUGAUUCAGUUUCCAUAGAGAGCAGAAUUCCCUUUUUUCCGUACAUGUUCAGUACUAGUGCAAAUGUUGACUGGUCUCUGUUCCCACAUUCUUCAGGGUACUGUUCCCUCGGCCACUCCGCCCGGCGACGAAAAAGCGACAUUAAAAGCCAACGCCGCGACAAUGCAGCUUCUCCGUACCUCCCCGCACCUCCUCUGCUUUCUGACGCUGCUUCUCGCCUCCAAAAUGUCGGCCGUUUCAGCCUCCGGCCAGGUUCCGGUUCACAAGCCGGUUUCCGACCAGCACUGGUACCCCGCCACCGCCACGUGGUACGGCAGCCCCGAAGGCGACGGCAGCGACGGAGGCGCGUGCGGGUACGGGUCGAUGGUGGACGUGAAGCCGUUCCGGGCCCGGGUCGGGGCGGUGAGCCCGGUUCUUUUCAGAAACGGGGAAGGCUGCGGGGCCUGCUACAAGGUCCGGUGCUUGGACAAGAGUAUUUGCUCGCGCCGGGCGGUGACGGUAAUCGUCACCGACGAGUGCCCCGGCGGCUACUGCUCCAACGGCCGGACCCACUUCGACCUCAGCGGCGCCGCGUUCGGUCGGAUGGCCGUCUCCGGCGAGGGCGGCCAGCUCAGGAACCGCGGCGAGCUCUCCGUCAUUUACCGCCGGACGGCGUGCAAGUAUCCGGGGAAGAACAUAGCGUUCCAUGUGAACGAAGGGUCGACGAAUUACUGGCUUUCUCUGCUGGUGGAGUUCGAGGACGGCGACGGCGACGUUGGUUCCAUGCACAUCCGACAAGCGGGUGGGAGUGAGUGGAUGGAGAUGAAGCACGUUUGGGGUGCAAACUGGUGCAUCAUUGGGGGCCCAUUGAUGGGCCCAUUCUCGGUGAAGCUCACCACUCUGUCGACGGGCCGAUCCCUCUCGGCCCGGGAUGUGAUCCCGGGGAAUUGGUCGCCCAAGGCUACCUACACUUCCCGGCUCAACUUCUCUCCCUCCAAGCCAUGAACAUGAAUCAAGGCAUUUGGGAGUUGGGAGACUCUGUUUCAUGGGUUUUUUUUGAAGAAAAUUAGCCCCUUGGAUUAUAUGCUAUCUUUUCGAGGGGCUAAUAUAUCUUUUUUUACCUUUGCAAGGUCGAGUGUGUUCUGUUUGUUUGUGUGUUUGUAGCCCUCUCCAAAGGGAGAGUGAGCUGUAUUUACUUACUUAUCUCCAUAGGGUUAUGUACUGUAAUGUAAUGGGUUGGUUGUUCUGCUUUCGGGUUGUUCUUGUUUGGUGCAAGUUUUUAUUGUUCUUGUUGUUGUUGUAGGACCUCGUACCCUACGCAACGGGUCUUGAAAUGAAUGAGAACUACAAUUGCUUGGAUUGAAUAAACAUUUUAACAUCAUGAUGAGUGUGAUAUAAGGUCCUGUUUUCCUUUUGUUCCCUUCUGUUAUACGUCCAAUCAAGACCCAUGCUUAAUUGAUUAUGACCCAACUGUGAUGAGGACAAAAUUAAAGGACAGUGAAGUUUUUUUUUGUCUUUCAAAGAGUGUUCUUGUUUACGGCAUAAGACAACAAGCGAGAGAAUCAUUAUUUGGGAAGUUUGGUUUUAAUCGUUCAAAUUGGCAAAACCUAUGAUUACAUGUAAUCAAUCAGUAACCAGAUUUGAUAAACAAACAAUCAUCCCCAAGCAAGCGGUGUACAUUAAUACUGUGUGUUGGAGAUGGAAGAAACAGAAACGGUCCCCUCCAUAUGUGAGUGUACCACAAUGAAGUGGGAACUGUAGACCAUGUGAUAUUGUGAUGUGAGGGAGAUUGAAAACGUAAUCCUAUAUCGGAUGACAACACACAAUCAUCCCUCCCUUCCCCAAUCCAACACUGACCUUUCACGACUUUGAGUUUGAUGUGAUCCACCAAUUCAGUCUUUCAUAUAUCACUUAACUUCAACACAUAAUUGCAAAAGUUAAAAAAAAAAAAAACUAACAAGAUAUCAUUGACAAAAAGGGCUAGAACAAACGUGCAUGCAACAAUUUUCUUUUUGCAAAAUUUCAAUAGUGUAUUUCAAUUGUAUAUCGUUAACCUGUUCCGUUUUACCUGCAUUACUAUUUCAAUUGUAUAUCGUUAACCUGUUUCGUUAAACUCUAAUAUGUUGGUAUGUUGUCACGAAAGUCUGGGGAGCAGUGAUAACCCCAACCAAAGUUCCAAACGGCCAAACCACUCUCAAGUAUCUAUGUUGGACGAGUCUCUUAGAUUUGAUGGAGAAUGAACAUAACCGAAAAUCAGUGCUAUAGUGUCCCUAACCUCAAUUCCAUGACAAUAUACCAACAUAUUAGAGCUUAUAUGUCUAGCCCAUUUUAUGUUUAUUUGGAAGGAUAGCAUAAAAUGGGAGAAAGAUUACGAAAUAUACUAUACGAAGGAUAGCUACGUAUGAGGUCAUAGGAAGUAUGAAAAUGGAAGACAUAACAUUCUCAACAUCGAGUAGCAAUACUUAGAGUUCUUAGAUAUUCAUAGAAAGUAUAAAAAAUAAAGACACGAGAUCUUAGCCGUAAGUACUAAAAAUUCAUAUAAAGGGUGGAAAAAUAAUAUCUCGUGACAACAUAAGCAUAAUCUUCUUCUGCAUCCUCACCUUGAUCUUGCUACAAGUGAUAAUGUUUUACCCAUACUUCUAUGAGAUUCUUUUAAUUCAAUAAGAGUGCUUAAUUAUUAAACUAAUUUUACCUCAAAACUAAAAGAUUAUGAGUACUCACAUUGCUCGGGGAACAACAUCUCCCACUCUUGGGUAGAUCUUAACAGGCAAAAUGCAUUUUUUUACAACUUAUAGGUCCCAAAACAGUAGAUACUAUCUUCUAUGAGGACUCAGGCUACUAAGAAAAUUGGAUGAUUGACUAUGAUUUUGAGGACUAUUGCAACUGUCGCUCCAAGAAAUGUAUGGACAAGAGGUUUUAAAUUAGAUAAAGAUUUUUUUCCAAA